CGAGGAGCAGAGCUACGCGGUCGACGCGGUGCUCGGCAACUCGCGGGGUGGCCACCUGCUGCUGCUGCUGGGUCCGCCCGGCACGGGCAAGUCCUUGGCCCUGGCCGAGGCGAUUUGCCAGUUGCUGCUCGAUCACGUCCGGGCGCUCUCGGCCGCCGCGGACGCCGAGGCGCCGCAGCCGCCGCCCGCGUCGCGCAUGCUGCUGUGCGCGCCGACGGAAAUCGCCUGCGACCUCCUGGUCGAGACGGUCCACCGGCGGCUGCAGCCCAGGGACGGGGGCGGCGUGACCCCCGUCGGCAUGCUGCUGCGCUUCAACGAGCCCAGGCGUCCUCUGCAGCAGAUCGUGGCGCGGGGCGACGUGCUCCCGUACUGCUGCAUCAACCAGCAGACAGGCUGCUUCCAGUACCCUGACGUGGACGAGGUGAGCGCAGCCAGGUGGAGAGCGCCGCAGUCAUCGUCUGCACGCUGCGGGCGGCCUGGGGCCUGCGCGGCGUGCUGGGCAGCGCGGGCAGGGACAUCGCCUUCGACUACGUCCUCAUCGCGAAAAAGGAAAGCCGCAUAGGCAUGAGCAUUCGGCGCUCCACGAGGCUCUGUUGGAUCUGCGUCAGACCCCCCUGGCGUCGCGUCUGGCGCCGAUCCAAGGUAUCCCCAGACCUCCGGCUGCUCCAAUCUUGUCGGUGCGCGGGCCCCAAAGGUCUGGACCCCUUCCCCGGGGCCAGUUCUUC